AUGAAUUACACCUGUACCGAGGGAGAGGAAAAGUUGCCCAAUGAUGAACUGGAGUGUAAAAUAUGUUACCGGAAAUUUACUGUUCACAGUCGUAAACCCAAAAUCUUGGAUUGCCUUCACAGAAUUUGUGCUAGAUGUUUGACUAAAAUACUUCAUAUAAGAGAUGGGCCUCUCUGUGUUAGCUGUCCCUUUUGCCGCCGUGAAACAGAGUUGCAUGAAGACAAAGUUGAAGGACUCCCCAAUGACACAAACAUUAUGUCCAAGCUCAUAGUAAAAGACAAAACAACAUGGAAUUCUGACUGUAAAGAAGUAGUUUUAACACCAAAAAACUUGGUUUCCUCAAGUUUUUCCCGUGGAUCAUCAAACUGCUUAGUAAUUACAAUUAUGGAAGUACAAACAGACUCCCCAAGAGUUCCCAGUCAAAGUACUGCAUCGGAUUAUUAUGCUGAUCGUGGCACUGAGUCAGUAUCUCUAAGUUCUCGGAGUUGGCUGGACCAAGAUCUCUUUUCAAAGCUAUGCAAGCAUGUACCCAGCACACUGGUAUGGCUGCUUGGAUUUCUUUACUUUGGUUCGCUCCCUCUUGGGAUCUAUUUACUAGUGAUUCAGAAAGUGACCCUAGGUGUUGUUUGUAUGAGUUUUGUUCCCUCCAGUCUAACCAUACGUCUCCUGUACAGCUUCUGCCAGUGCCUCUGCAAUGGAAUUUGUGACUACUCUUCACAAAGCUGA